ACAACAUUCGAAGGACGCAAAAAUCAGGUUCCCUAAAAACGCAUAAUAUACACUCUAACGCACUAUAAUGAUUCUAAAUAUAAAAAAAUAAUUAAAAGAAAAGUUUAAGAAUAUCCAAAAUUGAUACUCUGAUCUCUAAAGACACUCAGUAUCCCCUCUCCAUGCGAAAUCGGGUGAAAUAACAAACUUACCUUUGACUUACACCUUCCUUGGCCGGAUCCCAUGAUGUAACCCGGUCUUUCGACUUAAGACCUUUUUUGAAAGUCAAAUACCGUCUUUCCGAGGCAUGACAGUCCUCGGAAAUGGGCCCAAUGGCGAGAUUAGUGCGUUUCUUGAGGAGAAAGCCUCUGGUGAAGAAUAUUGUCGGAUAUGGCGCUAUGUACGUAGGAGCGGAGUUCACGCAGCAAACUCUGACCAAAAAGAUAUGGAGAGAUGACAAAGACCCAGCAUAUGAUAUCCCGUCUUUUGGUCGAUACUCAUUCUUUGGAUUCGUUUGGUAUCCUGUGGCAUACCAUUACUGGUACAGAUGGCUUGAUGGAAGGUUCGUGGGUACUUCGUUGGCUGUGAUAACGUCAAAAACCUUGCUUGACCAAUUCCUCAUGGAACCACCUCUGUUGGCAUCUUUCUAUGUUGGUAUGAGUAUACUUGAGGGGCAGGAAGAUAUAUUCAGGGAGUGUAAGAAAAAGUAUAUACCAACAUUUAUGAGUGGUUGUGUCUUCUGGUUGCCUGCAAUGGCUCUCAAUUUUUGGUUGAUGCCCAAUUCAAUGAGAGUUCUUUUCCUUGGUGCAUGUACCUUUUUGUGGUGCAAUUUUAUAUGUUGGUACAAGCGACAAUAAUGUGAAAGUUUAGUAGUAAAAGUAAGUAAAUAAAUUACUUUUAUUAAA